UCCGCCGCUGCCGCCGGGGCUCUCCGUUCGCAGCCCGACGGAGGCAACUGGCCGGCAGCGGGCAGCAGGGACCGGAGCAGGCAGCAGGGACCGGAGCGGCAGCAGCCGGACGGCCCUAGGGACAGACGGGGCAGGAGGCUCCGGCCGGCAGCGGCGUAAGGUUGCUUACUCCCCCGCGGGCGGUGGCCCCGCCGGAGCUGAGCCGGCCGCAAGAGAAGGAGGAGGAGUAAGGUCGUCGUCGGGCUCCCUCCGGUAUGGCCCUGGCAGACAGCGCUCGCGGUCUGCCCAACGGCGGCGGCGUCUCGCCGGCAUCGGGGAGCGGUGCGGCGGCGGGGAGCGGUGCUGCGGGGGGUGGUUGGUCGUCCUUCCCGGAGAUCGUGGAGCUGAACGUGGGCGGGCAGGUGUACGUGACGCGGCGCUGCACCGUGGUCUCGGUGCGCGACUCGCUGCUCUGGCGCAUGUUCUCGCAGCAGCAGCCCAGCGAGCUGCCCCGGGACAGCAAGGGCCGCUUCUUCCUUGACCGAGACGGCUUCCUCUUCCGCUACAUCUUGGACUACUUGCGGGACCUGCAGCUGGUGCUGCCCGAGCACUUCCCCGAGCGCAGCCGCCUCCAGCGCGAAGCCGAGUACUUCCAGCUGCCCGACCUGGCUCGGCGCUUGGCUCAGGCUCGGGUCGCCGCCGCCGCCGCCCGCCCCGCCGUCCUGCACCGCGACGGCUCCCUCUGCACCGACGAGCCGCCGCCGCCGCAGCUCCUGGGCUACCUGGAGGCCGAGCCGCUGGAAGGAGGCGGCGGGGGAGCCGUGGCCUCCGCUCCGUCGCCCACCGCCAGCCGCAGCCCCUCGGGCGGGCCGCUGCUCACCCCCUCGCAGUCGCUGGACGGGGCGGCCGGGCGGCGCUCGGGCUACAUCACCAUCGGCUACCGGGGGUCGUACACCAUCGGGCGGGAGGCGCAGGCCGACGCCAAGUUCCGGCGGGUGGCCCGCAUCACCGUCUGCGGCAAGACGGCCCUGGCCAAGGAGGUCUUCGGGGAGACGCUGAACGAGAGCCGUGACCCCGACCGCCCUCCCGAGCGCUACACUGCCCGCUACUACCUCAAGUUCAACUUCCUCGAGCAAGCCUUCGACCGGCUUUCCGAGGCCGGCUUCCGCAUGGCCGCCUGCUCAUCCACCGGCACCUGCGCCUUCGGCCCCGAGCAGGGCGGUCCCGCCGAUGACAAGAUCUGGACCAGUUACACCGAGUAUGUCUUCUGCCGGGACUGAGCAUCUGCCCAGCCCGUGGCGUGGGGAUAAGGCGGUGGCCCCUGCACACCCUUGCACCCACGAUCCCCUCUCAGCCCGGAGGAAGGAGAACGUGGAGGAGGGCUGCGUGCCCCUGUGCUUUCCUCACCCCGGUGCCUGCCUCCGUGCACAAGGUGGCUCAGCCCCCAGCACAGACCCCAUCCCUCCUGCACGCACCUCCUGAUGGCCCUGGGGACGGGAGGUCACCAUGUCGUGCCUCAGCCACCAUGUCCCUCCCUGCUUGGCCACUGUCCCCUCAGCCACCGUAUCCUGACUCGCACCAUCAUACUUCCUCCCGUGCCUCCCAGUAGCUGUGUCAGUAGCGAGGAAGGAGAGAGGUAGGGAGAGCAGCCAAAUAGCCAUCCCGGAAAGUGUGCCUGUGUGUUCCAGCCCCUGCCUCUACUUGCAUACAGGAGUUGAGGGAUAGCUCUGCCAGGGCAGGGUGUUUUAGAAACCACUCAUUUAAGACCUGAGAAAGUUUUUAGUUGCUUUGUAUCAAUUUAUGUUGAAGAUGGUGUGACAUAUGGCUGUCUUUCCUCAUCCCCAUACCUUUAAGCAGGAUUUUGCCUUGUUGGCAAACCCAUUAUGUUCUGUCCCCCCACACUGUUCAAGGGAUGCCUGUCGGUGUGAAGGACCAUCACAGGGAAGUGAUGCCUGACUGUGAGGGCUUGGUACUCUGGCUCAUACUUCAUCUGUAGACAUGAGUAAUUUUGCAGGGGGCAUGUGUGUGGCCCUUCAUGACCGGUUGCAUCCAUCUCCCCUCUCUGCUCCCCAUCUCUCUGAACACCCCUCUCCAAGCUGUUAAACUGGACAAGGGCUUGCACAGCAGGCAUGUAAGGCUGAUGUGAAAAGGACAGGUUUCCUGGACAACCAACUGUGUGGAAUAUAAGAUGUCCUCAGAGACACGUUUAUUCACUGAAGAGGUAAAACAACAAUGCUUUGAAAAAUUCACAGGUGCUUGUGAAUCGUAAGUUUCAUGAGGCAUGUGAAGUCCUUAUAAUUCUCUUGAGGUUACUGUCAAUAAUAUACAUAGAAAUUUGCAUGCGUAUUUCCCUGAAAUACUCUCAAAAUUAUGGGGGAGUUGAAGCCAGGGCUGCCAGAGUUAAGGCAGAGCCUGCUUCCUGGGAAUCUGACAACACCCAAGAUGAGUUAAUGCAGAUAAAAGUGUAAUCAAGAACACCCUGGUUCUAACUUUUGUCAUGUUAGUUCUGUAAAAUUGGAUGCCAGUAGAACUGAUGCUGCAACCACUUUUUUAAAGAACCAGUUUCUUAGUUUUCAUGGCAGUACUACUACUGGGGCAAUGACACUGCUGUGAGUUAAGUAACUGUUCUAGACAAACUUACUGCUUCUUAGGCAGGAUUAAGCAACAUCCUUACAAGAAUAAUGCCAACUUUCUUCAGGGGAAUUUACCCCUUUUAAGCUGUAUUUUUUUUUGUGCUAUCUUAACAGUCUUUUGUUCCCAGAGGAGGCAGCCGUAGCUUUCUGUGGAACAGACAAUCCGAGCUGCAAGUUUUACAGUGGGGAAGACUAAGCAGCACUUUCUAACAAAUUUAUUGUUAGGGGUACAAAAGCACUUUCCUUUAAAGCCUGAACUUGAUUUUAAAAUCUGUAUUCAGACCUUCACGGAAAAAUAUCCUAAAUGUAUCUGAAGUGUUGAAGAAUUUAGUAAUACGUAUUGGAAGCGUAAAGUUGCAUUUUUAAAACUCUCUACUAAUAAGUUGUUAUAACUCCAAAUUUAGAAAUACUGCUAGUAUUUGUAUUCUAACCAAAGAGCUUCACAAUAGGCUUUUAUUUUUGAAACCUUAAUUCAUUUGAAAAGAACUGUAGAUGCAUAUCUAUUGAGUUUCAGUGCUCAGUCCCUGUGCUUACCACUUGGUCUUUCAUUGAAUGCAUGCACAGCCACAUAAAGCUGAAAAUAAAUUGCACCACAAUGGUUUGUUUUUCUUUUUUGUGGUUUUUUUUUUGUUUGUUUGUUUGUUUUGUUGGUUUUUUCCUUUUGUUUUUAUUUUUAAUACGAGCAAGAUUGUUACUCAGAGUGAUUAAACUGAGAAUGUGCAUAAGAAAGUGCUGGGUAUUGUCCAGUUGUAGAUAGUUCUUUGACAGAGUGUUUUUAAAAGGGGAGAAAUGUAUACCUGCCAAAUUAGAUGAGCAAUAAGAUAAAGUGAGUGGCCAAUACACCUGAAGAUGGGAUAAACCUGUUUGUCCUAUGCCUUACUCUGAAAUGAUUUCUUUGUGCUUAACUUAUUUAUACCACAAGUGAAAAGAUGUUGAUCACAGCUACUAGGAGAAUAAUGACCGUCUUUUUCUAGUUUCUGUUAAGUAAUUCUGAAGUAUGUUUUUUAAAAUUUUGUAUAAAAUCAGUUUUCAGUAAAGUGUUCAAAUUCACUCUAGAUAGUUUUCUUUUUUUAAAAAUCUGGUAGCUUACUAAAUCCAUCAUAGGACCUAUGAGUAGGGGCAGUUUUAAAUUGAAUAUGUGAUUUAGUGUACAUAUAUAUACAGUAUAUAAACAUUUUACACGAAUCAUUUAGUUUUUUAAUCAUUUUAGUGCUACAGAAUUUCGUAAUAUAUCUAGCUGAGCAUUUACAUAUGACGCUAUGUACAUAAUAUGGUAAUGUUUUACUGGUUUCCUAUACCUGUUUCUAUGGAAAGAACUGAAUGUAAAUAUCAGCUUGUAGAACUGAAAUCAAUCAUGUAUUUGCUUGAAUGUGAAUAAUUACUAAACUUCCAGGUGGCUGAACACAUCUCUAAAACAAAGAUUGCCUGUAUCUUGAUCAAUGUUUGCCCAUCCGUUUGCUGGCAGAUGACCCAGAAGUUCUCAUAUUUUAAGUGAAAAUAGAUGUAAUAAAAACAUAAAGUAAUUAUUUUUUAAUAUUUGUGUUUGUGCUAACAACUCUAAGCAUUAUUAGUUUUAGGAAACAAGGCCCUUCAUUUACUGAUAGCUCUUUAUAUUUAGGUUUAAAGUGGUGGUGCCAUAAAUGUUAAUAGUCAUUUGAUGAUUUGCCACAGAAGUUGGUAUUUUUCUUAAACAUUACUGAGUAAUUUCAGUAAAAUUUGUAAAAGGUAAAAUUCCCAAGGCAAAGUCACAGAGAUUUGCUGGUAUCUUCUGUUGAGAGCUCAAAGAAUGGAUAAACAUGAUGACUCUGCUUACCUGUUGACAUGCAAAAGGACCAAACUCUAAAGGGACAGCACUAGAUCCCUGUAUGCGUUUUGUAGCUGUUGUUCAUAGUUCAUGUAUUUACAGAUUAAUGCAGUAGCCUUUACAAGUGCUAUUAUAAAAAACAAAGGCAGUCUUUCUUUUAAUUAGAAGUUAAGGCAUAGGUCUUCUCAGUGAUGCAUAUCAUGGUGGGUGACUUUGCAUAUGUUUGAUAGGAUGCUUAUAUUUUUAUACAUGUAGAUAACGAGCCACUUACUCAUUCUUAUUUUCACAUGUAUAGCAUUGAAAAUAAAGAUCCUCCUAAACCAUUGCAUUCCAAAUUAAAUUCUUGUUCUUUAAAUAUUA